AAAUACGCCGCCGCGGCCGCAACCCGCAAAGCUCGGAGAACGCACGCACGCACGCGCGCGCGCGACACGCGACGUCGACACGAGCUCUCGUCUCGCCGCGUCCACACCAAUCGGCGCCGCCGUGUAGCGAAGACUAGCUAGCUCCCUCUCCUCCGCGAGACCGGCCGAUCGAUCGGGGCAUCGCGCGCGGCGCGCGCGGGCGGGGCUAGCUGGGCAUGGCGGCACCGGAGGAUGGGGAGGACAAGAAUUUCGGGAAGAACAAGCACGGGCUCCCGAUCGGCUUCUACUUCGCGCCCACGGACCAGGAGCUCCUCGCCAUCCUCGAGGCCAAGCGCCUCGGCCGCCCGCUCUCCCGCGCGCACGACGCCUUCUUCCACGACAUCCGCAUCCUCGACUUCCACCCCGCCGAGCUCUACGAGAAGUACGCCAAGGACGAGGAGAAGGGCUACUUCUACUUCUUCAGCAAGAGGGAGUUCCCGACGAGCAGCAAGAAGCGGCCGCUGCGGGUGGCGGAGGGCGGCGCGUGGAACAGCUCCGGCGCCGUUUACAAGGUGGUGAAGAGCAGCAAGUCCGGCGGCGGCUACGACGUCGGCCAUAAGAAAACCCUCGUGUUCCACCAGCGUUUCCCCGGCGACAAGGAGGCCGUCAAAACCAACUGGGCCAUUCAGGAGUUCACCAGGAUCAUCGGGCCCCAGAACGAGGUUCCGGAUCUUGCCGUGUACCGCCUGUACAAGAUGAGGAAGGAAGGCAGGGAGACGCCUGCAGACCUCGCCGCCGACGAGGCCGCGGCCGCGGCGGCCAUGAACAACCGUGGACAACAAGCGUCGGCUGCGGCCAUGGCGCUGCCACCGCCGGCGACGGGCCUGCCUGGGGGAAGGAUGAUGUCCAUGGCGGACAAGGCGAACAUGGCCUCGACAUCAAAGGCGUACGGGCCGUCAAAGUCAAGCUCAUCGCAACUCCAGCAGGAUGCGGCGGCGGCGGCGGCGCCACCGAACGCAGCAGGGGCUAGCAACUGGGCGCCGAGGCCUUGCAACUGCCGGGAGUGCGCGCCGGCGGCGGGACACUAUGGCUACUUCGCGGCCGCGGCGGCCAUGAACAACCGUGGCGGACAAGCGUCGGCUGCGGCCAAGGCGCUGCCACUGCCGGCGCCGGGCCUGCCUGGGGUAAGGAGGAUGUCCAUGGCGGACAAAGCGAACAUGGCCUCGACAUCAAAGGCGUACGCGACGUCGCAGUCAAGCUCAUCGCAACUCCAGCAGGGUGCGGCUGCGGUGGCGGCGCCGCCGAACGCAGCAGGGCCUAGCAACUGGGCGCCGAGGCCUUGCAACUGCCGGGAGUGCGCGCCGGCGGCGGGACAGUAUGGUUACUUCGCGUCCAUGGUUCCACGGCCGUCGCUGGACCGGAAGGGCAAGGGCAAGGCGCCGAUGGACUGUGCCGAGCAGGCCGGCGGCGGCGGCGGCUGUCACGCGGAGUCAACGAGCACUCCGGCGCCGCCGAAGGGCGCCGAGUACUACGGAUGCAGCGUCGCCGUCGAGGAUGAUGACGAAGAAUUGCUGAAGUUUCUGCAGGCGAUGGUGAGGGGCGAGGAGGUGGAGGGUGAUGGCGACCACGCCAUGGCCGACGAGCGCGGCCCGCAGCAGGGCUCCUCCCCGGUGGCGGCGGCGGCGGCCUCCGGCUCCGCGCCUGCAGGUCAUGACGGUCGCCGUGGCUCGCUGCAGGGUGGCCACCAUGGAUCCUCCUCCCCCACCUCAUUGGCGGCCGCCGCCGCCACCGGCGACGACGUCACAUCUGCCGCCAGUGCAGGUGACGACGUCAGUGGCAGUCAGCAGGAAGACCACCCUGCGCGUUGAACACUGAAAUUUGAAAUUUGAAUUUGAAAUCUGGGACAAAUUUUCGUCGAAUUUGCAGUGUUCAACUUCUUACUCUUUUCUGAUCAUUUGGUGUUGUUACUUCACUAGUUCUAUGUGAGAGCUGCAAUUCUUUACUAGUAAUCCUGGUGAUCUAUUGUUGCUUUACGAUGGUGAUUUGCUUGUUCUAGAAUGCUCGAGAUUAUAUAUUUGUUUUGCCUGAGAUGAAUUGGUUCUAGUGUA